GUAUCGGCAGCUGCGCUGGGUGCAGCACACACAAGAGGCAGCGCCGUUUCCGGCUCUGAGUGUCUGCUGAUACCGCCGAACCCUGACCGAAAACCGUCUUUGAUUGGGAUCUAUCCGGUAGGAAUCCUCCGCUUCUAUCCGGCGGGGACUUAAGACGGGUUGCCGGCCAAGCGUUCGCCUGGAGAGAGGCCCGAAGUUGCAGCGAAGCCGCGGGCUUUGAGCCACUGACCAGCGGCAUGGCCCGGGACUACGAUCACCUCUUCAAACUGCUGAUCAUCGGUGACAGCGGUGUUGGGAAGAGCAGUCUACUCCUGCGCUUUGCAGAUAACACUUUUUCAGGUAGUUACAUCACCACUAUAGGAGUGGACUUUAAGAUCCGGACAGUGGAAAUUAACGGAGAGAAGGUGAAACUGCAGAUCUGGGACACAGCAGGACAAGAGCGAUUCAGAACCAUCACAUCUACAUAUUACAGAGGAACCCACGGGGUGAUAGUAGUGUAUGACGUCACCAGUGCUGAAUCCUUCGUCAAUGUCAAACGAUGGCUGCACGAAAUCAACCAGAACUGCGACGACGUGUGUCGAAUAUUAGUGGGCAAUAAAAAUGAUGAUCCGAACUCGAAGGUCGUGGAGACGAAUGAUGCCCAGAAGUUUGCCGAGCAGAUGGGCAUCAGUCUGUUUGAAACGAGCGCAAAAGAAAACAUCAACGUGGAGGAGAUGUUUAACUGCAUCACAGAGCUGGUGCUCCGAGCAAAGAAAGAGUCUGUGGCCAAACAACAGCAACAGCAACAAAACGAUGUGAUUAAACUCAACAAGAAUAGCAAAAGAAAGAAAAAGUGCUGCUAGUGGAUCUAGAGCUGUUCGUAUGCACGACAGUCUUCACACGCAAACGGACUGUGAGCGUCUAAAUAAAGACCACACAAACACAACGGAGAACAAGUCCUUUUUGGACCCAUACAAGCCACAGAGACUUUAAAAAAAAAGAAACUGUACAGAUUUUAUUAGAGUUAAGGAGUUUUAUGUGGAAUCUGUGAUAUUUAAUAAAAAGAUCGACCUUCUUUGUCGAAGGACCUGCAAGCUGAUGUGAUCGCCAAACUGUGCAGAUUCCUGUAUGCUUUGAGUUAUUCUACAGUGAUGUAUGUGUUUUUAUCUCAGGUGUGAUUUCAUUUUCUCUUAUUUUGCAUCUUUUUCUCUAUUUUUCAUGGAAUGUCAGUGUUUUUGUUUGUUGUUUUUUAUUUUUUUUUUUGGGGGCCUUUUUUUGCUUUUUUUGAAAUCAUACAGUUACAAACAUUCACUCACCGUGGACUCGACACAGACUGACAGAUGCCAACAACUCUAAGAAUUCUUCACUUUUAGAUGAAUUUUAGACCAUAUCUCAUUUCAAUGACUCUCAUGAAGCCAGCCAAGAACAUGUCCAGGUCAUAUUUCACCCCCAAAUCAAAGUAAAUAAAUACAUAAAUAUAGUUUGCUUAAAGGCAUCCUCCAUUUUUAAAUUUAAAUUGCAAAGAAUUUAUAAAGCAUGGUAGUAUUUGUUGUAAAGAAAAUACUGUUUCAGUAAUAAAAAGCUAAUGAAGAUCACCUCAAAAUAAUGGGAGGAAUAAAAUAAAAUAGCCAGAUGCAUUUUGUUAUGGAGGGUUAAAUGACUGAAAAUUAAAUAAAUAUAAAAAUAAUAAAUUAAUUAUUUUAAUAAAUUAUUAAAAAUAACAAAUUAAAAAUACUAAAAUUAUUACAUAAAUCAAAUAUUUUUUUUGUCUUUCAUUUUAGCACUAGUUUGCAUCCAUUUUAAUUUGAGCAUGAUCUUUGAGUUGGUUUUUAGUUUAAGCACGCGCUUCGUGUCUUCUUUUUAAGGGUUAUGGUUAUCGGCACAUCACUCAAUGACAGUGAGUGUAUUUAGCCAUUAUUGAUAAAUGAUCAUAAUUGACUAUUUAUUUAAAUAUCUAUUACAUUUUUAGUAAUUAGUAUGGAGAGCCAAAUUAUUCAAAAUGAAGUCUUUAAAUAAAUCAUUAAAUAAUGAAAUCAUUAAACUGAUGUUGAGUGACACGCCAUUAGCCGUAAGCCUGAAAAUGAAAAGUCAACCGAAAAAUCACGCUAAAAUGAAAAUGGACACAAACUAGUGCUAAAAUAAAAUACAUGGGAUGUUUGAUUUAAUGAUUAAUUAAAAAAAAUUUUUUUUUCUUUUUACAUUUAUGCAUUUAAAUUUCAUAACAAAUUUCUGCCACAUUGAAUUGAUUUAAAAAUAUGUAUUUUAAAUUUCAUUCAUUUAAAGAUUAAACCAUAUGAAAAUGUAUGAAAUUGAAAUGUGUACAUCUUAAAAUAAAAUGUUUAAGUGUGGAGUAAUUUUGCCCUCCAUACUUCGGUAGUGAAAAUACAUAUUAAAUAAUAAUAAUGUCGCAUUGCAAAGAAUCUCAAGGGUCAUAAAACAGGCUUCAUGUUCUUUAGGCAAGGUGUUUUUUUGUUUUGAUGCUCGGGUGAAAUAUGACCGGAAAUGUUUUUGUGACUCACUCUUUUAAGCUCCAUUGAUAAAUGACUUCAGGCUGAACUCCUUUGACAUUCACUAAAGUCUUACACUGCUUCAGGCUCCCAUUUUCCUGCUUUGUUUUUCCUGUAAAGACGAAAAGUGGGCAGUGAUACUGCCACAACCUCACAAGAUCACAGAUUAGCGCUCUGCCCUCUUUCAGUGUUGCCAUAGAAUUCAGCUCCUGUACAGCUGUUGCCGUUGUAGUAUUCCUGCAGAUGCUUUGCACUCAUUCUGUAAUAGGAGCAGAUGUUAGAGGAAUUGUUCCCCUCAGAAAGAAUAUUCUGUCAUUAUUUACUCGCACAAUGUUUCAAUUCUAUAUGUCUCCCUUUCCUAUGUAAAACAAAAUGACUACUUAAGAAACAAAAUCAUACAGGUUUGAAAUGCCAUGAGCGUGAGUAAAUGAAGACGGAAUUCACAUUUUUGUUGAACUAUUCCUUUAAGAGCAUGAUUCUCGAGCAUCUGAAUAAUCUGAUGUUCGUCUCUUGAAAGACUGACAUUAUUGUGUCGUUUUACAUGUUAUAACACAUUGUUAUAAGUUCUUUAGGGAGCACAUUGAUCAAGACCAUCAAAUGCUCUUGUCCCAGGAGACAGUCGUACAACAAAAAAAUAGCAAAUACUGUUUUUACACAGUAGCAAAGGGUUGUUCAUAUGGUUGAAACACUUUUUCAGCUGUGGUUAUAUCAUACACUGGAGAACAGAAAUGUAUAAUGGACACCCCCUUUAUGAAUUAAAUCAUUAAUAAAUAUUUUAAAAGAAUUAAUAUUUGACACAAA